AUGUCUCUCAUGGCUUCUCCUUCAUCUUUUCCCUCUUGCAACUAUAAAUUCAAUGUCUUCACGAGCUUCCACGGGCCAGACGUCCGUAAAACACUUCUCAGUCACAUGCGCAAACAGUUUAACUACAACGGGAUCACAAUGUUCGAUGAUCAAGGGAUCGAGAGAAGCGCAACGAUUGCCCCUUCACUAGAAAAAGCUAUAAGAGAAUCGAGGAUCUCGAUCGUGAUUCUCUCCACUAGAUAUGCUUCAUCGAGCUGGUGUUUGGAUGAAUUGGUGGAGGUAUUAAACUGCAAAAAGGCUAUGGAACAUAUAGUGAUGACCAUAUUCUACGGAGUGGAGCCAUUUGACGUGCGGAAUCAGGCAGGAGAAUUUGGGAUCGCGUUCAGUGAAACUUGUGAACGUAACGUGGACGAGGAAAGACAGAAAUGGAGCAAAGCUUUGAACGAAGUGGGCAACAUCGCUGGAGAAGACUUCUUAAGAUGGGGCAACGAAGCGGAUAUGAUUGAGAAAAUUGCAAGAGAUGUUUUAGAUAAACUAAAUGCUACACCAUCUAGGGAUUUUGAUGGCAUGGUGGGACUUGAAGCUCAUUUGAGAGAAAUGCAAUCUUUGCUAGAUUUAGACUAUGAUGGAGUUAAGAUUGUUGGAAUCACUGGUCCUGCUGGCAUUGGUAAGACUACUAUUGCUAGAGCUUUACAUAGUCGACUCUCUAACAGUUUUCAACUUACUUGUUUUAUGGAGAAUAUUAAAUGUAUCUAUUAUAGUGGUCUUGACGAGUAUGGUUUGAAGCUAUGUCUACAAGAGCAACUUCUUUCAAAAACUUUAAACCAAAAUGGUAUGAGAAUUUGCCAUUUAGGCUUGAUACAAGAAAGGCUAAGCGACCAAAAAGUGCUAAUCAUUCUUGACGAUGUGAACAAUCUAAAGCAAUUAAAGGCUUUGGCCGGAGAUAUUUCCUGGUUUGGUCCUGGAAGUAGAAUUAUUGUGGCAACCGAAAACAAAGAGCUUUUGGAGCGACACAACAUUGCUGAUACACACCAUGUGGAUUUUCCAUCUAAAAAAGAAGCUAUCGAGAUCUUGUGUAGAUAUGCUUUUAGAAAAAAGUCUAUGAAUCAUGGUUUUGAAGAGCUAGCUAAAAGAGUAACCAAGCUUUGUGAUAACCUUCCAUUGGGCCUUGGUGUGGUGGGUUCAUCUUUACUUGGGAAAAAUAAAGACGAAUGGGAAUAUGUAAUACGCAGGUUAGAAACUAUUCUUGAUCAUCAAGAUAUCGAGGAAGUACUAAGAGUCGGUUACGAGAGUUUACAUGAGAAUGAGCAAUCUCUAUUUCUCCACAUUGCAGUUUUCUUCAACUAUAAAGAUGGUGAUCUUGUGAAAGCCAUGUUCGCUAGCAAUAACUUAGAUACCAAACAAGGGUUAAAAACCCUAGCUGAUAAAUCUCUCAUAUAUAUAUCUACAGUUGGGGAAAUAGUGAUGCACAAGUUACUGCAACAAGUAGGUAGACAAGCUAUUUAUAGACAAGAGCCUUGGAAACGUCGGAUCUUGAUAGAUGCGACAGAGAUAUGUGAUAUUCUUGAACUUGAAGGUACGAGAGGUGUGUCUGGCAUAUCACUUGAUACAUACGGUAUUGAUGACGUAUAUCUCGGAAAGGGAGCUUUUAAAAGAAUGCCUAAUCUUCGAUUCCUCAAAGUUUAUAAAAGUAGAGUUGAAGAAAUUGAUAGAAUGUAUAUACAUGAAGAGAUGGAGUUUCCACGUCGUCUACGGUUAUUACAUUGGGAGGCAUACCCAAGCAAGUGUCUUCCUUCUACAUUUCAUCCUGAAUAUCUUGUCGAACAUGAUCUGAAGAAUAGCCAGCUCAAGUACCUAUGGCAAGGAAUUCAGCCGCUUACAAAUCUCAAGAAGAUGAAUCUGUCCGCGUCCUACCAUUUGAAGGAACUCCCGGAUCUUUCAAAUGCUACAAAUCUUGAGACCUUAAAUAUGAGUUAUUGCGAAAGUUUGGUAGAGAUUCCAUCUUCCUUUUCGCAUCUUCAUAAACUACAAAAUUUGCUGAUGAGUGAAUGCAAAAGCCUACAAGUCAUUCCAGCUCACAUGAACUUGGCGUCCCUCGAAAUAGUGAACAUGAAAGGAUGCUCAAGAUUGACAAAUAUUCCAGUCAUGUCGACAAACAUCAAACAACUCUCCAGGAUUUUAAAAGAUACUGUACGGAUUCCCGAUUGCAUCAAAGCUCUUGAUGGUCUACAAAGCCAUUAUCGACAUGGCUGUAGAAGACUAACGUCACUGCCAGAGCUCCCUAGUUCACUCAUAUUCCUAGAGGCAGACGACUGUGAAUCACUGGAGACAGUAUUUUUCCCUUUGAACUCUUCAAAAACGCACCUCAAUUUCACCAACUGCUUCAAAUUAGGCCAACAAGCACGAAGAGCGAUCAUCCAACGGUCAUUUCGUUACGGAGCCGCGCUCUUACCAGGGAGAGAAGUACCUUCAGAAUUCGAUCACCGAGGCAAUGGCAGUUCGUUGACUAUUCGUCCAGACGGUAACCAUUACACCGGCUUUGUGGUCUGCGUAGUGAUUUCCCUUAGCCAGAGAAUCACAGAUGGUUACUCCGAACUAUUGUGUCGUCGCAUAGGUCAACAAGACUUAGACAAGGAGAUCUACGUAGGCACUCUCCUCAACUUUCAAACGGAACAUCUAUUUAUAUUUUACUCUGGCUGGCUAUUUAUUGACCCUUCUGAUAUGACAAGAGAGAUAUCGUUCGAGUUCAGCAGCAAGCGCCACAACUUCGACGUUAUUAAAUGUGGUGCCAAGAUCUUGACAGACUUGAGCAAUCAAGGGAGCUAUGCAACUGGAUCAGGCCAAAUAACUGAAAUUGACACUGAAGUUGAACCCUUUGAAGACAACAACUAA